AUGUAUUUACCAUAUACACAACUUCCCGAUCCCACGGAGAAAUUUGAGAUCUAUGAAGAAAUCGCUCAAGGAGUCAACGCCAAGGUAUUUCGUGCCAAAGAAUUGGAAAAUGAUCGGAUGGUAGCAUUAAAAAUUCAGCACUAUGAUGAAGAGCAUCAGGUGUCAAUUGAAGAAGAAUAUCGCACGUUACGCGACCAUUGUAAUCAUCCAAAUCUUCCAGAAUUUUAUGGUGUUUAUAAACUUGAGAAAACAAAUGCUCCUGACGAGAUAUGGUUUGUAAUGGAGUAUUGCAGUGGCGGUACAGCCGUGGAUAUGGUUAAUAAAUUAACGAAACUGGAGCGACGCAUGCGCGAAGAGCACAUAGCUUACAUAAUUCGGGAAACUUGUCGAGGCGCUAUUGAGCUAAAUAGAAAUCACGUUAUACACAGAGAUAUUAAAGGCGAUAAUAUUCUACUCACAAAGGAUGGUCGCGUCAAGCUGUGUGACUUUGGUUUAUCACGUGAAGUUGAUUCCACUUUUGGCAAACGUGGAACAUGCAUAGGAUCACCAUGUUGGAUGGCGCCCGAAGUUGUCACCGCAAUUAGUGCAAAAGAACCGGAGAUCACCUCCCGAGCAGAUGUAUGGGCACUAGGCAUAACAACAAUCGAAUUAGCCGACGGCCAGCCACCUUUUGCUGAAAUGCAUCCCACCCGAGCUAUGUUCCAAAUAGUGCGGAAUCCUCCGCCUACCUUAUUGCGGGCAACUAAUUGGUCUCAACAAAUCAAUGAUUUUGUAUCGGAGUGUUUGGAGAAAAAUGUUGAAAAUCGCCCAAUGAUGGUUGAAAUGAUUGAACAUCCAUUUUUGACCGAACUUUUUGACAAUGACGAAGAAAUGCAAGCAGAUAUUCGCGAGCUGCUUGUUUUCUGCAGAGAUUCACCACCUAUAUAUAAAAAACCGGAGAUCUUUGUCGAUAGAGGGUACAUCAAACGUUUUGAUGGAAAGCCGGAACGAAUGUAUCCCGAAGACUUGGCAGCUAUAGAGAAUCCGACGGAAGAGAUGAUAUUAGAAUCACUGCGUAAUCGUAUGGAACUUGGUGGAUCUUACAGCUUUAUAGGUGACGUUCUACUGUCCUUGAACUCCAAUGACUUACAAACAGAUUUCGAUGAAGAGUUUCACAGUAAAUAUAAAUUUAAAUCGCGGUCGCAAAACUCGCCACAUAUAUUUUCUGUUGCUGACAUUGCAUAUCAGGACAUGCUUCAUCACAAAGAGCCGCAACAUAUCGUGUUUUCUGGGGAGAGCUUUUCUGGCAAAUCGACAAAUGUCCGCUUGCUCAUAAAUCAUUUAUGCUACCUUGGAGCUGGUAAUAGGGGUGCUACCGCUAGAGUAGAAAAUUCCAUCGAAGUGAUUCAAAUGUUGGUGAAUGCCGGUACACCCAUUAACAAUGAAUCCACAAGAUGUGUAAUGCAGUAUUUCCUUACUUUUGGCCAGACAGGAAAACUUAGUGGGGCUGUUUUCAAUAUGUACAUGCUAGAAAAGCUUCGAGUGUCUACAACUGAUAUGAACCAGCACAAUUUUCAUAUAUUUUACUAUUUCUACGAUUUCAUGAACAGCGAAACUCUUUUGAAAGAAUAUCAUUUAAGAAAUGAUCGCGGAUAUCGCUACCUUCGCAUUCCUGCAGAAGCACAGCCUACUAAAUUAAAAUAUCAUCGAGAUGACCCUAUAGGAAAUGUCGAACAUUACAAACGUUUUGAAUCCAUUUUGCAGGAUCUUGACUUUAACCAUAAGCAACUGGAAACAUUACGAAAGGUUCUGGCAGCUAUUUUGAAUAUUGGAAACAUUCGCUUUCGGCCAUCUGGAAAAUACGCCGAAGUAGAGAACACGGAAAUGGUCACUCGCAUAGCAGAAUUGUUACGGUUAGACGAGAAAAAGUAUAUGUGGUCAUUAACCAAUUUCAUUAUGGUGAAAGGAGGAAUAGCGGAACGACGACAAUAUACUACUGAAGAAGCUCGUGAUGCUAGGGACGCUGUAGCAUCAACAAUAUAUUGCCGUCUAGUCGAUUGGAUUAUUAAUAAGAUUAAUAUGAAUCUAGCCUUUCCUCGGGCAGUGUUCGGGGACACUAACGCGGUCGUGGUCCACGAUAUGUUUGGAUUCGAGUGUUUUCAUAGAAACGGCUUAGAACAACUCAUGAUAAAUACUUUGAAUGAGCAAAUGCAAUACCACUACAAUCAACGUAUAUUUGUGAAUGAAAUGCUAGAAAUGGAAGCUGAUGAUAUACCCACUGAUAAUUUAAAUUUUUAUGAUAACAAAACGGCAUUGGAUAAUUUGCUAACCAAACCGGACGGGCUGUUUUACAUCAUCGAUGAUGCCUCUAGAACUAGUCAAGAUCAAGAUCUUAUUAUGGAUCGAGUUGUGGAGAGGCAUAGCCAAUUUGUUAAGAAACACACUGCUACCGAAAUUUCGGUCGCUCAUUAUACUGGGCGUAUUAUAUACGAUACGCGAGCCUUUACUGACAUCAAUCGGGACUUUGUACCACCAGAAAUGAUAGAAUCAUUUCGAUCAUCGAUGGAUGAAAAUAUUAUGAUGAUGUUUACUAAUCAACUUACAAAGGCAGGAAACCUAACGAUGCCAUUCGAAAGCGUCCAGCACAAGCCAGAAGAUUCCCAAAGAAAAUCAUAUCCAUUAAACACAUUAUCUGCCGGAUGUAUUUCGCAAGUGAAUAAUUUGCGAACUUUAGCGGCAAACUUUCGGUUCACUUGUCUAACCUUACUUAAGACUUUGACCCUUAGCAACAAUCUCGGAGUACACUUUGUACGCUGCAUAAGAGCAGAUUUGGAAUACAAGCCACGCGCAUUUCAUGCUGACAUGGUACAACAACAAAUGAAAGCUCUGGGUGUACUCGAUACAGUUGUAGGAAGACAGCGAGGCUAUUCAUGUCGAAUCACAUUUCAAGAAUUCCUCAGACGUUAUCAAUUUCUAGCUUUCGAUUUUGACGAAACCGUUGAUAUUUCAAAGGAAAAUUGCCGCCUUUUGAUGAUACGUUUAAAAAUGGAGGGUUGGGCGAUUGGGAAAACCAAAGUAUUUUUACGAUAUUACAAUGAUGAAUUCUUGUCUAGAUUAUAUGAAAUUCAAGUGAAGAAAGUGAUUAAAGUUCAAUCAAUGAUGAGAGCUCUACUAGCAAGAAAGCGCAUGAAAGGGGGCAAGGAUCCAAAAAAAGCGAAAGGAGUCGCACGCAACGAUGAGGCUGCCGCCAAAAUACAAAAAGCUUAUCGCGGGUAUCAUGAAAGACAGCGUUUUCAGCCAUUAGUUAAUGAGAAGACGGGUCAGAUAAACGAACAGACGGCAGAAUAUAUUCGAGUAUAUGUUAAAAAAUGGCGCGAAAAGUCUUUGUUUCAAGUACUGUUGCACUAUCGUGCCGCAAGAUUUCAGGACUUCGUGAAUUUAGCACAGCAGGUACACAUAUAUAAUCAAAGAUUUUUUGCUGGAUUAAAUAAAUGCACACGAAAUGUUCCUAUCGAUCGAAUAAACAUACGAGACGUGAACUCCUCACAGUUAGGACCAAUGCCGAUUCCGACAAAGAAAUUACCAUUCCGUUUGGAUCAGAUACCAUUCUAUGAUACCCAUUACAUGGUGAACGCGGCAAACUCAGUGUCUAGACAAAAUUUCGCAAAUACAUUAAUCAGUCAUGAUGAUGAAGAGUCUUGGGAUAGUCCACUACAGCGAAAUCCAUCAAUGACAUCUUGCUUACUUACAUACAACGCAUACAAAAAGGAGCAAGCAUGUCAGACGAACUGGGACAGAAUAGGUGAAAGUGACGUUAUCUACAACCAAAAUUACUACCGGGAUCCGCAUCUGGUAAAAAGGAAUCAAGUGCAAAUGAAUAUGAAUGCAUAUAACAACUUCCAUCAACACAACAAUAACUAUAACAGUGUAUCUACACAAAGUUGGAAUAAUCGAAUGGGCUCGCGCAGAAAUUCUCUUAAAGGCUAUUCGGCCCCACCACCACCUCCCAUGCCGCCUUCUAAUAUGGCUUAUCGUAAUGACCAAGUUCAGAUGAGAUCAAUGCAACAAAAUAACAUGAACCAAAACUAUAAACAACGGUCAUCAUAUAUACCAUCCGAUCCAGUACGAGAAUUGAAGGAUAUUGUGCGCCGGUCCCAUGAUGAGGAUAGUUCUGAAGAACCACCGUACAAUUUCAAGGCAAUGCUUCGUAAAACGAAUUAUUCUCAUCCUGAUUCCAAAGUUUACGAAUUCAAGAGCGAUUUGCCCAACAACAAUAAUGAACAUUUUAACCAAUCACAGCUUCGCCCCACGAGUCAUCGUUUUAAUGAUAAUCAGUCAUCAAAUAUAAAUAGCCAAAAACAACAGGUAAAACAAACAGCAGUAGGAAAGAAUUUCGAUAACACAGAUGCCAAGUCAUUCGAAGAGGCCGGUUCGUAUGUUGAGGAGGAGAUUGCACCGGGAGUUACGUUAUCAGGAUAUGCUGUCGACAUAUAAUAGAGUAGUUUUUAUAAUUUGGUUUGAUUUUUUAUUGUGUGGUAGCCGUAAAAAUCUUCAAAAUUAAUAAAAGUCAUUACAUGAUCAUAUGUAUAUUUUAUAUAUACAUAUAUACAAACAUGAAAAUAAAGAUAGCGAAAGUAAUAACAAUCAUAUAGCUUAAUAAA